AUGAAGCCAGUCGGAUUCAGUAGCUUUGUGGCAGUGUGCACGUUCUUUGGUGCUCUUCUUUCGCUGACAAAUAGUGUGUCCGCACUUCGAUGCUACCAAUGUGCCAGCGGAGACAGCUGGAGUGAUUGUAUGUCGAAUUCUGUAACGGUGGAAUGUAGCAGCGCCAGUCAGGUAUCGGUACUGGGCCGGAGCGUCUUUCUACCGGCGGAGGCACGGCAAGUUGAACCGGCCUGUGUAUCGGUGUACGCCAAGGGUACGGUAGGUGGCGUUACCGGAUACGCUUACGUCCGGGAUUGCCUGUUCAACGAUAAGGCUUUGUGCAGCCUAAUUCAGGAUGUACUACCAUCCCAAAUCAGAAUUGUUGAUUGCGAUCUCUGCACGACGGAGCUGUGUAACGGUGCGAGCAGCAUCAGUGUGGCCCUUUCCAGUGUAGUGCUGUUGGCCGUCGCUGUUUUGUUAUGGAAGUGA